AUGAGUUUUUCGAUUUAUGACCUCGAAGAGGACAUUCGGAAACUACUUAAUAUCGACAAUUUCCUAAAUGGCCUCACCACCAAUGAAUUCAUCGAGGAAUUGAGCAAAGACCACAUUCUUAAAGGUGCAGAGGUCAACAAAUUGGAAUACUUGGAUCCGAAACCAUACAUUCGAACAUUCGAGUCGACAUUGCGCCACUUAAAAAACUUGUCUAAGGAGGCAGCGACUAUGAAAUUACGAGCAGAAAAUGAUGUGGAUGAGUUUGAGUUGGCCCACAGCAAGUCGGUGCUUAAGCUUUCGUCCAAAGUAGAACUGACGGUAUCUAAGUUUGACCACUUGGACACAGAGAUCACCAGCAUAUCGAACAAAAUCGAUCCAUUGAAUCAGGCUCUCAACAAGAUCACAAACUCGCGAGAUCGAUCCACGGAAACCAUCUUUUUAGUGAGAGCAUACCAUGGUUUUUAUACCAAAGAGAAGUACGAGCCGUUGGAGAAGCUCAGAACGUCCAAGGACAAGGAAUCGAAGACCAAAUGCGCCAAGACUGUUAAUAACUUGCUCACGUUGGCGAAGAAGAUCGAGACUCUCACAGGGACGUUGCCUAAAGUGACCAAGUGCGUGACUACCAUCGAAAAGUACAGCGAGAUGAUGGAGCAAGCAUUGAUUGACAGAUUUGAGAUGGCGUCAGAAGAAGCAGAUUUCGAGGAGAUGAGCGAUAUCUCCAAAAUCUUGUUCCAGUUCAACGGAGGAAGUAACGUUGUGCUGGCUUUCAUGAACAAGAGUGAAUUGUUCCUCGAUACUGAGAGAUCUGAGGAUGAUGAGAACUCAUACUCCAUUGUCGAUGAUGCAGCCAUCUGGGAAAAGCUUUCGGAUCCCAACUAUCGUAUGAAUGAACCGCUAAAAGGCGAAAACACCGAGAUUCUCUUGGAUCGCCUCAAGUUUGUCAUCAAGGGCCAGGCACGCAUUGUCCAACAAGUCUUCGAAGAGCCCAUCCAUGUCAUCAAAGCAAUGCUUCAGCGUGUGUAUGCGCAAAUGAUUCAGAACAGGGUGUCGACGUUGCUAUCGUUUUCGCAGCAAUCAGGUGCACUUGCCCACGUUCGUAUUUUGCAUGCGCUCUAUGUGCUUCUUGGAGAUUUCACCAAAGAAAUGAAGGAGUUCUUUGUUACCAACGAGUUUGAUGAAAAUAAUGAGAUUGGCGCCACUCUCGAGCAAUGUUAUUAUGAUCUUUUCAUCGAGUACCUCACUGGCAACUCAUAUUUCAAUUUGGAGAAGGAGAUGUUGGAGAGUACCAUCUAUGGGAUUGCAGAAAAAUUCACCACGUUAAAUGAAAGGUCAUUGGCUAAGAAAGCAUUGGAAACGAAAUUGCAGGAAUACGAGAACGAUUCAGGAGCAGACCCUUCAAAUCUCGCCUCGCUUCAGCAUGCUGGUCAUAGCGAGAAGCUUUUGUUUCGUUUUUUAGAGAAGAAGAGAAUCAGCAAAUUCAAGGAUUUCAUGAAAACACACAUAUCAGAAAGAAUUCCGGGCAGAGAUUCUGUGGACUUGCAUGUGUCCCCAUCAGAUUAUAAGGAGAACGGAACACUCAACUCAGCUACUGUUCAGAUUGUGCUCAAAUUGGCUAUUGAAGCAGUGGCUCGUGUUCUUGAGUUGGAGGCUAAUAAAUCUCCAGAGUACUCAUUGGAUAUUCUUGAGAUCCUUCUUCUUGAUUUCGGAAGUCUCUACAUCUUUGGAGGACUUGAGGUUGCAUACGAUAAGGCUCAAACUGAGCUUCAGAAUGUAUCUCAGCCACAAGAGAUUAACUUGCAGUACCUUCAGAUCAUCAAUGACAUCAGUGAAGUGUUGCUUUUAGUGUCCACUUGUGUCAAAAAGAUCAUCUUGCCUUGUGCGGUCAACGACCUUAAUAUCAGGAACAGAAUGGUGAGCUUGACUAAUAAUUAUGUUUCAAGAUGUGAGACGUCCUUAAACAUCAUCUUGAGCUGCACAGUCGAGAUUGUCACAGAGCGAAUCAACGUAUUUUUGCUAAGACAGAAGAAGAAAGAUUACGUCUGUGAUACAAUUGAUAGCAAUCAGGAUUACACUGAGGUGUGCGAGCUGAUUUCGGAUCUUCUCAUUCAUGUGCAUGGAUUCUUUCAAAGAUAUCUCAAUGAGAAGAAUCUCAAUAAUCUUCUAACGAAAGUGGGAAUGAUCACGUUGAACCUCUUGUUGGACCACUUCAAGAAGUUCGCAGUGAACUCUACUGGUGGUAUUGUUCUCACUCAAGAUGUGAUCCGAUAUCAAUCAGUCAUUGAUUCCUGGGACCUUCCAGAAUUGAGUGAGAGCUUCCAGAUCUUGAGAGAGAUCAGCAAUUUAUUCACAGUGCAACCCAACUUGAUCAACUCAUUGAUUAGCGAGGGCCAUUUGGCCAGCUUGAAGAUUUAUACUGUCAGACAGUACAUCUCCAAGCGUACCGAUUUUACACCGAGCUACAUGGAAAGGUUCUUUGGUCGUAAGUAG